ACGCAAUAUUAAGGACAUUCAUUUGUCCCCGACUUGUCAAUAACUUGACUUAUAGUCAAAGAGGAAAUUAUUUUUACCGUAAAAAAUUUCAAAACACAUCAAAGUAAAACUGACAUUUGGACCCUUUAAUGGCACGAAAUUACAAACCAAUUUACAAGCAGCGAUUAGUGUGGUGAACACAAAAGUUAAUAUUGCAUAACUUAUUCAAUGGAGGACGAGGAGGAAGAAGAAGAUCUCGACUUGGCCACCUUUAGGGAACUACCCAGGGACACUCCCCCGGAGGAAUUAAUAAUUCCCGAAACGCACGAUAACAGAAAAGUAACUAACAAAGGAGCUAUACGUUGUUACGUGGCCAUUUGCAUCUGCCUGCUACCGUUUCUGGCCUAUUGCGUGUACUUCGGCGAUUUGUCCAGGGUCCUGCGAGGAUACGAUCAAUGCGGUAACGUUUGCGGCAAGAAAAACUCGAAAUACAGCAAUUGGAACUGCACCGGUAAAGAUUACAGCCAGUCUCCCUUCACCCAAAUCCAGUGCCCUUUCACUAGGAGGGCCCAGUACGAGCAUUACCCGCGCAAAUGCGUUCCUCAUUGCACAAACGGAUUAGUGCACUUUAUGUACAAAUGCUUCGUAAGAAGCUCAUCUAAAGAAUUGGUUGAAGACAAACUCGAGAUUGAAGAACCAUCAUUUAUUAGAACGAUACAAGACGAGGAAGAUGGAGGAGAUGCGGGAGAUGCAGGAGAUGGAGGAGGUGGAGGAAAUGGAGGAGGUGGAGGAGGUGGAGGAGGUGGAGGAGGCGGAGGAGGUGGUGGAAAUCAGAACACCGACAAAGAUAUGGGUGAAAACGAAUACGAUGUUAUAAACGUGGAAGUAGUGAGUAUCUUCCUAACUUUCGUAUUAUCCAUCGUAUUAACGUUGAUGUUCGUGUUUUUAAUAAACGCCGCCACGACUGGUGGCGUUUGGUCUCUUCUCCUGUUCGCCGGCAUAAUGAUUGUGGCAAUGAUUUGGUUCUUGUUUUUGCUGUUGAAGAGAAACUUCAUCCUCACAGGAACCUACACGACGAUGACGUUGAGUUUCGUCACUCUGGUCCUGGGCCUAAUACUAACUGUAGCUUGGUUAAUUUACCUUUUCGUGUUGGUGCAGCUGUUCAGGAAGAUCGAGCUGAUCAUCCAUUUAAUGCGAACCGCUAUAGACAUUUUGAACGAAAUGAACUUGUUGCUGUUCAUUCCGAUAUACGUGGCCAUGGGCCAACUGGCAAUGUUUACUCUUUACGGUGUGUUCACCGCUUAUAUUUACACCGCGGGCAUUUUGACCAAAGGCGACGAAGGGUUUUUGUACUAUCGCAGUAACGGCGUAAUGAAAUUCACGUUCUUUUACAAUUCUCUCGUGUAUUUGUGGUGCUUGUUGUUCGUUUUGGGCUUUCAGUAUAUGAUCAUUUCCUUGACCAUAAUCAAGUGGUAUUGGUCGAAGAACAAAGAGCUGCGCAGUCCGAUUUACAACAGCAUGUGCAUCGUGCUCAGGUUCCAUUUGGGUAGCAUCGCCUACGGCUCGACGGUGAAUGUUUUCUUCGCGAUACUUAGAGCAUUAUUUAUGUUUGUUAGAAAGGAGAAGAGCGAAGCGCUGUAUUGGUGUCCGUGCGUUAUGCCCAUUAAAUAUUUCCUGACUGCUGUAUCUAAAUAUGCUUAUAUUGAAAUCGGUUUGAACGCACAGGGUUUCUACAAAUCUGGCAGAAGGGCGGCAUCCAUUAUCUUCAAAAACAAAGUAGAUAUAAUUGCUUUGAAUUAUAUCAGCGAUUUUAUACUUCUAAUGGGGCAAAUUAUGAUUGCGAGUACUGUUUUCUUGAUUAUUGUUAUGUAUCGGGAUUCAAGUGAACCGAAAAUAGAAUACCCAUUGAUAUACAUAACAGUUGCGUUUCUUUCCUUUUUGAUACCCUUGUCGUUCUUCGCUGCUUUUGAGGCUGUGAUAGAUACUCUCCUGUUUUGCUAUUCCGAAGAUAAAUACAUACAUCGUGAGAAGAAAAAUUUCAUUAUGACGAAAAAAGUUGAGGAGUUCGAGACCCAAUAUAAAAUCAUACAUAGUAAAAAAAUGGGUAAAAAAUAGUUUUAUAAACUUGCACAUAUAUUUUCUAUAAACGCAUUAAUGGUAGGGCACCGAAAAAUUACGAAGGUACAUGUAUUAAUUAUUUAUAUAAAUUAAUGUUAAAUUCUCUCUGAUUUUAACAAAUGAUUUUAUCUCUAAAUAAAACUAUGUAUCACAUUUGGUAACAAAUUAUUAUCACUAACAAAUCGUUGCUUAUCCAAUUUUGAUGGUAUUUUAUAAAUGCUAAACUUCUAUUUUAGCGUCGCAUUUCUAACAUUCAUCCAAGUUGGAUUACAAAAAACUUAUAGAUGUGUUUAAUUAUUUUUCUAGUUUUCUUCUAAUCUAUAUACGACUUGGUCUUUGUCUUGUCUAGGAAUAUUCUAGGUAUAAUCUAGGUAUAGUUUUUCUGGUCUCUGUAUAAUCGAGAUAAUAAUCUAAGUCUGGUCUAAAUAAAAUUGUCUAAGCUUCUUUCCUGAAGUUAUCGCAAGGUACUUCGUUGCUGACGCAAGCCGCAAAAGCCACCAGGUGAGGGGUCACGUUCUCCUCCAUUACUCCGCUGAAGAGGUGUGCCCAUGGGCCCCUGGCGAAGAUCCCGACGUCAUCGGCGCCGUGGGUUUCGGACGCCAAGGGCGUCGUCGACGGCCAUUGAA